AUAGUGUAAAAGACAUUUUUUAUAAAAUCUUACGCUUGAAAAAGAAAGUUAGCAAAAUGACGAUGAGACCGGAUGAUCACCGAAGAAAAUGGAACAAAAACGAGUACGAAAAGUUGGCACAAGAGCGCCUGCUUAACCAAGCAGCGCCAAAGGACGAAGAGCCCGUGCAGCGCGAGAAUCUGAAGAGACGUGACUAUAAGGUUGACCUGGACAGUAAGUUGGGCAAAAGCGUCGUGAUAAACAAAAACACACCUACCUCACAAUCUGGCGGCUACUACUGUAAUGUUUGCGACUGUGUCGUCAAGGAUUCAAUUAACUUUCUGGAUCACAUCAAUGGAAAGAAGCAUCAGCGUAAUCUGGGCAUGUCCAUGAAAGUGGAGCGCAGCACCGUCGACCAGGUGAAAGAUCGCUUUCAGCAGAACAAACAAAAAAUGGCCGAAAAACAAAAAGACUAUGAACUGGAGAAGAGAUUACGCGAGGCCAAGGAGGAGGAGGAACGCUACAAGGAACAUCGGAAGGAGAAGCGAAAAGAACGGAAACGUAAAGCCGAGGAUAAUGAUGAAUUUGCAACGACUGGUCUGCCCGACGAUAUGGCUGCUAUAAUGGGCUUCUCUGGAUUUGGCGGAUCAAAGAAAAAUUCAUAGGAAUCAAUUGAUAUGUUGACCUCA